AUGCCGCCCACACAGUUCACAGUAGAGGAAAAGUACACCUACCUUAAUGGGUUAGGAUCCUAUCAUGAGACGGAGGCUGUCAAGGGCGCCCUGCCAGUCGGCCAGAAUUCGCCGCAAAAGGUCGCACAUGGGCUCUACGCAGAAAAGUUAUCAGGCACGGCCUUCACAGCGCCUCGCCACGAAAACUUGCAAACCUGGAUGUAUCGCAUAGUGCCAUCAGUCACGCACAGAGCUUUCCAGACGUCUAAGAUAGAGCUGGCUGGAUACCCAUCUAAUGGGAAGCCAGAGUACAUCCAGGUGCCUAACCAGUUGCGGUGGCGGCCCUUUGAAACGAACGGGGACGUUGAUUUUAUUUCCGGACUAAGGCUGGUAGCUGGCGCAGGAGACGCAACCGUCAAGACGGGUCUGGCCAUUUACAUAUACGGCGCGGGAAAAGAUAUGGCGAAGAAACAGGCGUUUUACUCGGCGGAUGGCGACUUUUUGAUCGUGGCCCAGAUGGGGACGCUUGAUAUCCAGACCGAAUUCGGGCGCCUAUUAGUCCGCCAGGGGGAGAUUGCCGUGAUCCCACGGGGCAUCCGGUACCGCGUGGAACUGCCCGAGGGCGCCAGCCGCGGCUACGUUCUCGAGCUAUUCCAGGGCCACUUCCAGCUCCCUGAAUUAGGGCCCAUCGGGUCAAACGGCCUAGCUAACGUGCGUGACUUCCAGGUCCCUGUGGCGGCCUAUGAAGACGACCAGUCAGACUGGACGAUCACAGUCAAAUUUGGCGGACGCCUCUUCGACGCAGCACAGGAUCAUGGGCCUUUUGACGUGGUGGGGUGGCAUGGAAACUACUACCCGUAUAAAUACGACCUUGGCAGGUUCAACACCAUCGGUAGCAUCAGUUAUGACCACCCGGACCCUAGCAUCUUCACCGUACUUACGGCGCCUAGCCCGGUAACCGGAACAGCUGUGGCAGACUUUGUCAUCUUUCCCCGCGAUGGCUCGUAG